CUUGAAAAGCAGACUUUAGCGAAAGUCGCCUUCAGGGAGAAAAACGAAGAAAGAAAACGAAGAAAAACUCGCCACGAGACCGUGUGCUGCGACACAACGUUAAGUCGCUGAGGAGCGACACAGGCUGCUCUCUCUUCCUCUCAAUGUAGAGCAGAAACUGGAACUGAAAGCGAGGAAACGAGAAAGCAUUUCGUCGUUCGUUUCCCGACUCUUCUAUUUAUCGUCUCGCGUUGCCUCGCGUCUCCUCUCUUUCUCUGCUCUUUUCUUCUGUGCUGUCCUGCCCUUCUCGCUCUCGUUUUCUUCCUUCAUUUCUGCGAUUCUCCUCACGGUGGUCUCUUCUGGAUCUGUCUCGCUUGUCUCUGCAAUGGCAUGCGCGUCUAGCCGGUCGGCCCUCGGCGGCGCGGAGGAAAUCGGAGACUCGGCGAGGCUGGAGGAGCCGAGCACAGGAGCCUCUUUCUGUCGCCUCUGCGGAGAGCAACAGGACGCGAGAGAGACCUGCUGGCUGGCGAAGCAAAAUAGGCUCAUGGCCUUUCUUCACGGUCUCUACUUCUGUUCUGCGCCGCGGCUCGCGACCCGAGAGCUUGCAGAUCCGCAGGGUGAAGACGCACAAGAAGAACACCGACGAGAAGGAGACUGUGAAGAGCUCUGUCCGCCGAAUAUGAAGGUCCUAGGACUUGCGCGGCGUCUCCUCAGUGUCUGUCCGGGGGUGUUCUCGCCUUCAGUGGCCACUGUCAGAGAGAGUGAAUCUCCUCGUUCUUCAGGUCUCGCUGCGUCGUCUGAGCCAGGAGCUCCAGAACAGCUUGCGACGUCUUCUGCAAGACCUGUCUCUCCGCAGCCUUUGACGCACCAGCGUAGUGAAGCAUGUUCUAGAGAAAAGAGGCGAGGCGCGGACGAGACGCCUCUGCGCAAUGAAGAGACGAAGCGCAGGCGAACGGGAGCGUCCGUGACUUCCCCACAGCAGACGGCGAGCGGAGAACCGAGACUGUCUCCCGCGUCAGAAAACGAAGCCGAGUCGACGCACGGGAGACGCGAGCCUUCCAUGGAGUGCUCACGCCACCGAAAAGAUCGACGAGACGAAACGCCUGCUUUGUCCAGCCUUCUCUCCCUCGUAUCGCAGCUGUCCUCGAGCUGCAUAUGCUCUCUUCCUCAGCGUCUGGCGGCACUCGUGGUUCUCGAGGUUGCGUCGGAGAGCGGCCAGACGAAGAAGCAUUUCUCGGCGUCUUCAACGGUAUGCGCCUCGCUUGCUCGCGAGGAAGAGAGCGUCAAACAACAUCUCCUUUUCGCGCUCGCAGCCUACGCUCUGCUGCACCCUCGUCUGCGCUGUCUCCUGUCCGUCUCGUCGCGGUCGCAGCAGUCGCUCUGGGGGGGAAGCGAGCAGAUAGAUCCGCAAGCCUUCCACAUUGUCUGCACAGUUGAACUCCGCAGUCGCCGUGGAUCCUUCGAGAGGAGACAGAGAGAAGGACGAGAAGGCGAGAAGUCUGGGUGUCGCGGAGAGAACGGCGCGACGCGUUCGCAGCAGAGAGAGCUGACGGUCGUCGAUCUGGUCACCACGCAGAGAAUCGUUGUUGUCGGGCGAUACAGAAAGCAAAGUCGAGACCUCAGCCAGACCUUGUGGGUCGUCGACAAUCGCCGGAAGCUGGAGAUGUCCGUGGAAGAAGCCAUCGGCAAGCCGCUUCAGUGGCUUCUCGACGCCUCAGGUUUCCGUUUUAUCUCUGCCGGCCGAGAAGAUGCAGACGUGAGGAUGCUCGGAGCAGGGCGUCCGUUUGCCAUCGAGCUGCUGGGCUGCCGUCGCCCCAUACACUUUCUUUGUCGCUUCCUGAGGAAACAUGCGCGCCUUUCGUCUUCGCUCCGCGGCUGCCCGGAGAACGCGGCAGUCUCUGGCGAGCAGAAAGGAGACGGGUGUCUCCUCUGCAUGCGGUCGCCCCACUCAGAGAAGGCAGACUCGACGCCGGAGACACAGACUCCAGGCGGCGGCCGCUCCCAUGGCCCUCAGGGUCACCAGCCAGCACACAGCCAGCGAGAAUCAGACGAGCCGCUGCGACGAGCGGGAGACAGCUUGGAGAGAAGCGAAGGCGAUUCAAAGCGAAGAGAAGCUGUGUCAGAGGGCAGGUCGACGGAGGCGUUUGAGAGGCGAGUGAAGGAAGGCGAGAGAUCAGAAGAAAAGAAGAGACAUGAAGAUGGACUCCGAGAAGGUGAACCUCUCGCCUCUUGCCCCGUCUGUCGUUGGGCGCUGUGUCGUCCUCGAGGAGGCGCCGCCGACACCCUCAGAGAGAGCAGAACGACUUGUGGCGCGUCUCUCCAAGACUCCCGGAAUGACGUUGAAGAAGAGAAGGAACACCCACAACCGCCCUCCCUUCUGCCUCUUUGCCCGUUUCGCUGUCGGGCAAGCCGGGCGCCUGGCGAGAAGCGGCGCCUCGUUGGGAAGACGACCAGAAAGCGCGAGGAAGAAACGCAUGCAGUUUCGAUUCCGAGCACAACAGAUGCAUCCCCCGGGAGCAGUGCAGAGAGAAAUCCGUGCAUGCGGUGGCUCGAAGAAGGACUUCUUCUCUCUUCCGCGUCUUCGCUGUGCCUAGAAGACCAGCUACUGAACGCUCGCAGGCUUUGCGACGCGGAGUCUGUAGAGAGAGGGUCCGCGUUGCCUCCAUGUAACGAAGAAGACGCUCCACCUGCAGUUGAGGUGUACGGACUCCGAAUCGUCACAGACGAACCGGAGAGUUGCAUAGAAAACCCCACAGCGCUCGCCCUACCAAGGAGACACUUCACGACCUGCGUAGCGACGGCAUGUCUCGCCGAGACUGCGAGCAACAAAGAUUCUCCACAGUAUACAAAUGUUACCUCUUCUCCUUCCUCUUCUUCCUCUUCUUCCUUCUCUUCUACUUCUUGCUCUUCUUCUCUUUCCUCUUCGUCUUCUUCCUCCUCUUCUCAUUCUUCUUCUGCUUCUGCUUCCUCGUCUCCCUCUGCUUCUCCUGCCGCUUUUUCUCCUGCCUCUUCUUCUUCCACUGCUUCUACUUCUUCCUCUUGCUCCACACACAGCGAGCCGGUGUCUUCUGUACCAGUGCCGUCUGGGCCUGGGGAAGAGGCGCCCAAGUCUUCAUCCAGUCCGAAGAGCGAGGACUGGCGCAGCGCCGGCAGCGUGGAGAAGGUUGUCCACCUCGCUCUCCAGUACGGCGCCGAAGAAAAGGUGAAACGAUACGAGUGUCUUGUCUUCGCAGAGAGGCCGGUGUCUCCGCAAGCGCUUCGCGAAGUCCAAGAAACUGUGCGGAGUCUCCAGGGGCGAAGCGCUCCCCUCGCCGGACAGCAGACAGAAGAGCGAGGACAGGACAGAGGACAAGAGGGAGAACAAGAGAGAGAACAAGAGAGGGACGGCGGCUUGAUUAUUUAUCAGAAGACUCCGUUGCGGGUCCUCCACCGGCGGUCUCUGGCGGUCAGGCAAAGACGCAUCUACGCCAUUGAUAUUGUCCCAGUGCAUCCCCAAGUCUUCAUUUGUCGCCUGGACACGCAAGCCGGAACGUAUGUGAAGGAGUUUGUGCAUGGAGACCUAGGUCGCACUUCGCCGUCUCUCAGUUCUCUCCUCAACGCUCCCUGUCAGCUGCUUCUCCUCGAUGUCUGCAAUCUCGUCUUCGGCGCCGCAACACACAACGAAGAAGACGACUAAGCGAAGCCAGUCACUAACAGC